UUCAAGAACUGAACUUGGGAAUGAAAUUGAAGGUUGAAUUAAUGAGUGGGAUUCAUCCCCGAAGCUUUUUUGUUGGUACCUCUCCCUCCCCCCCCCCUUUUUUUUCUUUUUUCAUCCUGAAAAGGGCAGCGGAAUCUCAACUAGUUCUCGAUGAGAAGGCAGCAGAGCUAAGUGGCCAAGAACACCAGCUCUGGAGUCAGACAGUCUGGAGCCCGCACCUCAACCUUCCUGAAGGACCACCAGCCUCAGGACCCACCUGCCUCAUGGACAUGAAGCCUCACAGGGGAAGCCAUUAAUCCGUUGAAAUGCACGGGGAGCCGCAAAAGUCACUCCGAAGCUGCAGAAAUCCUGAGGCUCAGAGAGCCGGCUGGAGAGGCAGCUUCAGCCCAGGAACUCUGUGACAGAGCAGAGGCUACCCAGCGGACUUCAUCCCCCUCUUGUGAGCAACUGGAGUGAAGAGAGCCCCCAGCCUGCCAGCUCUUCAGUGCUGAGCCUGCCACCGCUUGCUGCCGAGCCAUGGCUGAAGGGGAGAUCACAACCUUCGCAGCCCUGACCGAGAGAUUCAAUCUGCCUCUAGGAAACUACAAAAAGCCCAAACUGCUCUACUGCAGCAACGGGGGCCACUUCCUGAGGAUCCUUCCUGAUGGCACAGUGGAUGGGACAAGGGACAGGAGCGACCAGCACAUUCAGCUGCAGCUCAGUGCGGAAAGCGCGGGCGAAGUGUAUAUAAAGGGUACGGAGACCGGCCAGUACUUGGCCAUGGACACCGAAGGGCUUUUAUACGGCUCGCAGACACCAAGUGAGGAAUGUCUGUUCCUGGAAAGGCUGGAAGAAAACCAUUAUAACACUUACACCUCCAAGAAGCAUGCAGAGAAGAACUGGUUUGUGGGCCUCAAGAAGAACGGGAGCUGUAAGCGCGGUCCUCGGACUCACUAUGGCCAAAAAGCCAUUUUGUUUCUGCCCCUCCCGGUGUCUUCUGACUAGAGGAAUCUGUUCUGGGUGCUCCCUAUUUUGGUUGACCCUACUAUGUUCCCUUGACCAUUGGCUGCGCUAACCCUCAGCCCACAGAGCCAGAAUUUGUAAGCAGUGCUUCUAAAAUAGCCAGUUCACUUUUCUGCUGAGCCCUUCCCCACCACCCCAGUACAGUUUGGAACACAGGGACCAAAUUGCUUCAAGGGGACAACUGGCUGGCCAUUGUAGGUCUGGGUUUGGAUAUCCAGAUGCUUCAGGGCACCUGCUAUAAGCUGGACCUCAUGAUGCAAAGAAGGGGGCCAUAGGAAGCACCCAGAGGGGUCUAAGAAGUGGGUUCUUUCUGUAGCUGCAUGCUCUUUCCCCUUCUGAGCAAUCCCUGGUUUUGAAUACCCCAGGCAAUUAGCAUGACUACCCUCCCCCCUACCAGAACCUCACAAAUAUCAGUAAAGCAACCGGUAGUGAGGCUGAAGGAAAUUCAUGAUAGAGAGAACUCCACCCCCACCCCCACAUAUGCACAAGACUUAAAACCAAAAGGGAGUGUGGCAUAAGGGAGUGUGGCAUUCCGUGGACAGCCUAGAAGCUCAGAACAGAGUAAGAAGGCAAGGCUCAGCCACAAGGAGUCAGCCCUGCAGUUAUUACCAAGUUACCAAGGAAACAUCCACAGUCAGGAAAAGAGCCCCGGAAAUGGUUUCUUAGUAAUGGCAAGCACAAAGAUCUGGGGGUCUGAAGAGUGGGCGUAGGAGCAAGGAAACAGGAUGUCUUCAGCUGUGGAUGUUAGCCUCUAAAAAGGGAAGCUGUUAGACGGGAGGAGGAGGAGGAGAGAAAAAGUAAGAUCAUGUCACUGUGUACUUGGCCACCAGGAAACUGGGGCUGUGAGGGUCCCAGUAUGAUGGCUCCAAAUAGCCCAUGCAUUCAGAUCAUCUGUAUUCAGAUCCAUUUGUAUGACUGUGAAACCUGAUUUGGUAGGGCUGGUGUUGGGUAGGUCUGUGUCUUGAAAAGGCCCCCAGGUCCCAUAGAUGCUGCUGACUUCCCCACCAUGCUUUCAAGAGCAGCCCCAGUGAAUGCUGUUCAAAUGAAGGUUGCUCAGACUUCAGCCUCUUUUGCCUCCAGUGCCUGGGUUUCCCUGGGUAUCCAUCCAGGAAGUGUCCAUAGUUAGUGAAGCAUGGUUUCAAGGCACCUUGGCCCAGUGACUAUAAGAUGCCCACUCAGAAGUCACUGAACCCACACUUCAAAAAAAAAAAAAAAGUUCAACCUCACCAAAAGCUUUUCCCAAGAGACCAUUUCUGUUACCAUUAAUUCUCCAAACUGGCUUCCUCCUUAAAGUAAACUUGGCCCAAGUGCCCAGCAAAUUAGAAACACUAUUCAUCUCUGACAUAGGACACAAACGCCAUGAGAAGGCCUUUCACACGCCAAUUCAAUAUACUGUGAGACUUAUCUUUUCGUCGCAUUUUAUAUAUCUUGAAGGCAUUAAACAGAUUCACAAUCAGCCACAGAGAAUAACAGCAUAGGAUGUAAAAGCUUCUUAGUUAUCUAACAUGCUACAUUCAUUCAUGAGGCCUUUCCUCUUUGUCUCCUACUGUGCUUUAAGAAUGGGUAUCUAGGAGCUGGUGAGAUGGCUUAGCAAUAAAGAGGGCACACUGAUUUUGUAAAGGACAGGAGUUCAGUUCCUAGCACUCACACUGUGAUGCUCAGAUCCAAUUCUAACUCCAACUCCUGAGACAUGCUGUCCUCUUCUGGCCUCCAGGGGUACUGCAUGCACAUGUACAAACACAUACUUUUUCAGAAAUAUAAACCAAUGAUAUGGUGGUUGUAGAUUAAAACUGAUGACAGUGUUCACUUGUUUGACGGGGAUCUAAAGUAAUUAUUUGCUGGAAAAAAAAUUCCUUAUAACAACACUGUCAUAUGACCCUCUUGAGAGUUCAGAGUGCUAAUGGAGGAACUAAACUGGGUUAUUUCAAAACAUGGUUAAUAAUAAUAUUCUUUCAGAUGUGGUGAUGCACGCCUUUAAUCCCAGCACUCAGGUGGCAGAGGCAGGUGGAUCUCUGUAAGACUGAGGCUAACCUGGUCUACACAGUGAGUUCCUGGGCAGCCAGGGGUAUAUAGGAAGGCCCUGUAUCUUUUUUUUUUAAUCAUAAUAAUGUUUUACUUUUUUUUACAAAAAGAUGAUUCAUGACAUUUUAAAGUCUAUAACUUAAAUAAUGUUUCUGUUUUGUUUUAGUAAAUCGUAGGCACACUGGAGAUAAUACAGUAUGGCUUCCCAUGUCUUUAUAUAAAGAUUUGGCCAGGAAAAGUAUACAGAGAUGAAAUCUAUGAUAUUUAGAAUAGUGAGUAGUUUUUUAUCAAAUGAACCAAACACAAGUAUAACAUUGAUCAAGACAAAUUAAAAACCACUGCACAAGGAUGAAAUGGAGUCUGAGACCCCAGAGACCCAAAGCACUGAUGAUGUUCAUUGUAGCCUUAACUGUCAACCUAGUCACAAUCCGGGUAUUUGCUCAACAUAUGCUGCAGACCCAAUGUGUGUCAGGCACAGGAUAUGGCCCCCGAGGACAUUGUCUGUCAGCUGUCCUCUCCCUGGGCAUAUAUUUGUAAAAAGAGACGCUGUGGAUUCAUUUCCUUCUGUCAAGUCAAAACAUGGACUUUGUAGUUUCCUACGGAAUCAACGGUAUGUUCUAGAAACCCCGAACAGUCAGUAAUACCACCCCACCCCCACAAAGUGACAGAGACAAGCUUUGCAAAGUAAACCCAGGACUUCCAAUGUUAGUCCUCUCAGAGGAGUGGACUAGUUUCAAAUCAGGAAGAAGAAAAAAAAAAAAAAAAAAAAGCAAGCUGUCGGAUCUUACAGAAAGGGAGCAGAGAACCGGUCCCUGUGCUGUUGGGAACACUGAUCAUAGGAACAUUCGGUUGUGUAUGAAGUCCCGAGACCAUCUGCUUGUCACGUGCCUCCUGUAUGCACUCAAUUCCAAGCUGACUGCAACCUGGUGUCCAACACUCACUACGAACUGUGGGGAGCAUAUGGGCUUUUGACAAUUAGUGACACAGUGGAUAUGGAGCUGGGUGUAUCCCCUGAUGGCCAGCAGUGUGCCCAUACAGAAAUCCUAACUGGUACGUCAGCUGCCAUUGAAGAUGAGGCCCCUGCUUUGCGUUGAAGGCAGUGGAGCCCAAGUCCUCAGCUCUUCAGAGAACACCGCCUAAAGCAAUCAUGGUCCCUGGCUGCAAAGCAGGCUCUGAUGGAGAUGACGCCUGAUGUUCACUCUGCACCCAUACUGUAUUACACUCUGCAGCUUAUUGAUAUUAAUAAAUGUUGUAUUCAUGGCUGA